AUGAAGAAAGGCUUCACAUGCUACUGGAGUGGCAGACAGGAAGCCAAUAUAUAUGUGGAAGCAGUAGAAUACACAAGUGACAGGGUGGUGAGGAUUCGGCUGAGGACAAGGAAUGUAAUGAAGGACUUCAUCCAAGUAUAUGCACCACAAACAGGAAAUAAAGAAGAGAACAUAGAGGAUCUUCUAGAGGUAUUAAAGAGUAUAAUUACAGAUGUGCAAGCAAUAGUAAUGGGUAACCUAAAUUAUCAGGUAGGCAAAGAAAGGCUAGGGAAGGAGGAGAUAAUUGGCCCAUAUGGAUAUGGGAGGAAAAAUGAGGAAGGAGAGAAACUGGUUGAUUUCUGUGAAAGAAACGGUCUGACUGUGGCAACACAUGGUUCCGUAAAAAGAAUAGCCAAAAGAUAA